CGAGGCCAUCAAUCCCACUUAUUACGACUGUCAUUUUCGCGCCCGAGGUCAGCGGCCGCCACGCCGCCGCCCUGCAGCUCUAUGGGCAACAGCGCCGCCGGCUUCCCGCACGCGCCCCCGCAGGCGCACGCGCACCCGCACCCGUCGCCGCCGCCCGGGUGCGGCGGAGGGGGCGGCCCGGGCCCCGGCCAGAACUACUUCCACGCCGGCGCGGGCAGCCCAGUCGCUGCCUACCAGGCCGCCCCACCUCCUCCUCCGCACCCUCCGCCUCCACCGCCGCCUCCCCCCUGCGGCGGGAUUGCCUGUCACGGGGAGCCCGCGAAGUUUUACGGAUACGAUAACUUACAGAGACAGCCGAUUUUUACGACCCAGCAAGAGGCCGAGCUGGUACAAUAUCCUGACUGUAAAUCGUCCAGUGGUAAUAUUGGCGAGGACCCAGACCACUUAAAUCAGAGCUCGUCUCCUUCUCAAAUGUUUCCCUGGAUGAGACCACAAGCAGCUCCUGGUAGACGGAGAGGAAGACAAACCUACAGUCGCUUCCAAACCCUAGAGUUGGAAAAGGAAUUCCUUUUUAACCCUUAUCUGACCAGGAAGAGAAGAAUCGAGGUCUCCCAUACUCUGGCCCUCACGGAGAGACAGGUAAAAAUCUGGUUCCAGAACAGGAGAAUGAAGUGGAAAAAAGAGAACAACAGAGACAAGUUUCCAGCGUCCCGGCCGGAGGCAAAGGAUGGAGACCCCAAAAAGGAAGUCUCGGGGCUGGAGGAAGACGGAGCCGAAGGCCCCACAAACUAAACCUUUACAUUUCAUCACAGACUGUUAAGACUAGUGAUCAGUAUAAGUAUAUACUGGUGGACGCCACCGUUUCUCCCCUCUUCCUUUUUGGAAAGGACUUUACCUGUGUUUCAAGCUACCUUAAUGUCGCUGCUCUUGAGGUUUCUGCGCUUUGAAGGGGACUUGGGUGUUUUCAAAGAAAGUAGUUUUGUAGUGUCGCAUAGAGGCAGUCCUUGAGCUGGUCCGGAGAGGGUAAUUUGAUACUGACCUUGUAGCUAUAUUUUUAUAAUGGUAGUUUUUAACGUCUGAGCUGGUGAUUUGCCUCAACAACAUAAACUUCCUAAUGAUCAGCACUAGAUGAUUGAAUAUAAAAUGCUUUAUUAAUCAAACAAGUGCACUUGAACAUUUUAAAUCUUUAUGGUGAGUAAAUUAAAAGAAGUUUAUUAAUAAUGUUUUAAAAAUUAUGCCUGCAAAAUAUUUACUUUAUUAUUUGAUUAAAUGUAUUAUUUAUAUUUUUCUUUCUGCUUUUGUAACAAUGGUUUGCGUGUCUUCUGGUUUACUUCCAGAAGGUUCCUUUGAGCAUUUUGUAAAUGUUUGUCAGGGAAGAGUCUGGGCCAAAUAUUGGAAAAGCACAUUAGCUGAAGAGUGCAAUGUACUGUCCAGGCUGCCGGCUUCCUUAAACCUGGGAGUGUUGUGCCAGUGAGUUUAAGGAUGAUGUCAAAUUUAGUCCUGUGUCUGUAGUCUACAAAUUAAGGCCGUCAAAUAAUCUAGGGAAUUAAUACUUGAAAUCUUAUUGCAACAUUUUCACUAACUGUUCGUCCUGGCAAGUGGCCUUGCUUUCAUUUUGAAGCCCGCUUGUGAUCACCUGGGAUUUCUAGGUCUUUGCUCUAUGCUGCUUUUUCAAGUAGGUGCCAUAUUUAUUGUAUUCUCCUUGCACUGCUCCUAUGCUUGCUGUGUUCAUCUCAGAUGUCGGUUGGUACGUCCAUCCUCUGCUGUUCUUCAGGAAAGCCAUGGCCUCGCCCAUUUGAAAUGAGCCCUGAGUGUAAAUGCAGAAACUCCGAGUGUAAACAACCGCUCCAGAGCAUAGCUCCUUAAUAAAGAGAUGUACCUCCAUAAAGAG